AUGAUUCAUUACCGACUAGAAGCUAACGUGCAGAGUCACCACGCCGGAAGUGUCAAACCCCGGGCUCACAAGCCCUCAGCUUCCAAUACCACCAUUAAGAAAAGACGUGGACAAACCAUGGGCAAAGGUAUUAUGAAGGCAUUCCAGGCUUGUGGAAAAAAAAUGAAGGUAACUGUGGAUCCAUCGAUUGGAAGACCUAAAAGUAGAGACGAGUCUUCAAAGUUUUCUAGUCAGAUUGGUGUAGUCACCAGAGAUGUACUUCCGGUGCCAGUAAGGUGGAAAGAUGUUGAUGAAGAAAAAGAUCUUCAACCUGGUAUUGAUCAUAUAAAGAUCCACAUGGAUAUUAAUUUAGAUGAUCCGGGUGUAAAACGUUGCGUGAUUGAUAAAGUCCAAGCUAGUUCACGCCAAAAACGUUACAGACUGCAUAAACAUUACAAGAAAUAUUCGUCCCAUGAAGAAGCUAAGAAUAACAAGCCCUCUUUUUGUGCUAGUCAAGAAAAUUGGGAAGAUAUGUGUGAGCUUUUUGCCUCGCCUAAAUUCAAGGUAAUGCAUUAUUAA